UGACUGAGAACUUGUAACCUAUUAAAUGUCCAUUGAAGAUUAACGUUUCCAGUGCUGUUCCUGCAGAAAUCAGGUGAUUCCCAGUCCAACACUAACAGAGCGGGAUCUUAUACACAACAAUCGAAUAAAUGGAAGUUAAAGACAAGCUGAAGAGAUCACAUUCCUUGCACAAUAGGACCCUCAACUAUUCGGAGGCCAAAUCCCUCUACAGAAGGAGCAACUCAGUGUCUGAGUUAGUGGCACGGUAUGAAAAUGUGCGCCAAAAUACCUUAAGGAAGUCGCAGACCAGCGAGCAAACGGGUGUGGGCAGAAUUCUCCCAGAGAGAACAAGUCUGUUAAAGUGGGCAGAGGAAUAUGAGAAGCCCAGGGGGGCGCUGUUCCAAACUAACAGUUUCUUGGGUGAUGACAAUGGUGACAAGAAAGAGAAACGCAAGUCUGAACCGAAAAUAGACAAGAGCAAGGAAAGAGCGGCAUCCGGCAGCUGGCAGGCAGAGGAUCUCUGCAGGGGGACGGCACGGAUGAAGCUGACGGCCGGUGCUGAAAGGCACCAGUAUGAAGCAUUGCUGUCACCCACAAAUCAAAGGAGCCAGAUCAGGGGGGAAUUUCACCAAGCGCAGAAUAGUUUCAUCCCCUCGGUGAAGCAGCGAUCGGAACUAUUUCUCUCCAAGGCAGCUGCUGCGGAAAGCCAAGCCAGAAAUCCCAAGCUGAAAUUUGGGAAGGAAACAGACAUCUACACUUCUCCCCAAAAAAAGAUGGCCGAAAACAUGAUGAAGUUCUCACCUAAAGAUGCUGAAAAGAAGGCAGAAGUGGUGUUACCUCCUCCACCACCUCUUGACUCAACCCAACCCUCAGAAGGACCAGGAAGUCAAGAACAGAGUUUUAUGCCUUUGCCUCCACCCAAAGAAUCAUUCUCAAAAUUCUAUGAGCAGCGGCAAGUGAACGAAUUAAAAAGGCUUUACCGUCACAUGCACCCAGAGCUACGGAAAAACCUGGAGCACACUGUCACCUGCGAUAUGACAAAGCUAUUACAGACAGAUGAACCCACCCAGCAGGCAGCUAUAAAUCAGGAUACUGGUCUGCCUGGGGAGGUGCAGUCUAUGCGCUGGAUCUUUGAGAACUGGAACUUAGAUGCAAUAGGGGAGCAUCAGGGUAGUAAGAAACUCGUAGAUGAAGAGGGUGUCCUUGGUGGCAAUGUGAAAGAUACAUCAAUGUUUUUUAAGGGUCAGCCAAGUGAGGGUGGCCUCCCUGAAUCUUUACCUGGGAAGGAUCAAACAAAAGGUGACGUGAAGACAGCUUUGUGGUUAUUUGAAACACAGUCACUUGACUCCAUGAAUAAAAUAUAUCCCGAGGACACGGAGGUCCAAGAAGCAAUCCUGAAAGAGCCCGUUGAAAGAGGAGACGUGAAAAGCACAAAACAUUUGUUCGAAACCUGCUCCCUAAGUGAAGUGGGUCGCUGCAAUUCAGUAGAAGAAAACAGCAUCCUUCAGCUCAAGUCUGAAAUCCAGGAACUCAAGGGUGACGUCAGGAAAACGGUAAAGUUGUUCCAGACCGAGCCUUUGUGUGCCAUCAGGGAUGAUAAUGGGAACAUUCAUGAAAUAAAGUCUAUAUGCAGAGAAGACACUGAGGCUGACAAUGUCAACAGAACAAGGUGGUUAUUCGAAACUCAGCCCUUGGACAGUAUUCACAAGAACAGCCCAAAAGUUCAGAUUAUUCGAGGGAUUUCCUUGGAAGAAUUAGAAAAGGGAGGCGUUAACGCCAAAAAGUGGAUAUUUGAGACUCAACCACUGGAUACAAUUAAAGAAAACAACGAGGAAGGAAUGUUUCAGGCUUCUUUAGAUUCCCAUGAAGGAGCUGAUUCUAGUUCCUUUGAGAACAGGGAAUGCAGUGGUAACAUUAAUUGUACAGAUAAGGUUCUUCCAGGAGAUGUAAAGUCCACAUUGUGGCUAUUUGAAAGCCAACCCAUGGAAACACUAAAAGGCAAUUUUGAAGUAGGACCAUUAAAGAAGGUUGAGAUGCUGAAUGAAGAAAAAGGAGAUGUGAAACAAAGGAAACACCUUUUUGAAACAUGUUCGCUAGAUAAAAUUUCAGACAAGGAUGAAGAAGCUGUUAGGAACGUAACAGAGAUUUCCAAGGGGGAUGUGACAACUUUCAAGAACCUUUUUGAAACCCUCCCCUUGGAAAGUUUUGAGAAAACGAGUAACGUCACGGUGUCUGAUCAAGAAGACAUACAAGUGGGCAAUGUGAAAGCAAACCAAACUUUAUUUGAGACUGUACCACUUUACGCCAUUGAAGACAGUUUAGGAAAUUUUCACGAAGUUACGUCCAUCAGCCGAGAACAGGUGGAGAGCGCCGAUGUGAGAAACUACAAAUGGAUGUUUGAAACAAAACCAUUAGACCAGUUUAAUGAGAGUCCCCAGAAAGUCGAUAUCAUUCGAGGAAUUACCAAAGAAGAAAUUGUAUCCGGUGAUGUGGGCACCGCAAAGUGGUUGUUUGAGACUCAACCGGUUGAUAUUGUUCAUCAACAGUCAGAUGCCACCGAAAAACACUCAUCAGUCCAGAAGCAAGUGUUACAGAAAGGGGAUGUUAAAAAAUGCAAGUGGCUCUUUGAAACCCAACCCAUUGAUAAGUUAUAUGAUAAGUCAGAGCAAACUAAAGAUACGGAAGCACAAGUCCAAGGUGAUGUGAAGUCUUACACAUGGAUGUUUGAAUCCCAACCUUUAGAUUCAUUCAAAGAUUCCGAGGAACAGUAUAUCAACGUGAAAACAACCUUACAAGAUGCUUGCAAGGGGGUCGAUGUGAAGACCAGCAAACAUCUUUUUGAAACUGAGCCAAUAGAAAACAUUUCCUCCAAAGGUGAAUUCAGAAAGAUCAUCAGAUACUCCAGUACAGUUCAAAUGCCAUCUGGUGAAGUUUCCAGGGUAAAGGAAAUUUUUGAGGCUACCCCUGAUAAAGGUAUUGGGGGGAAAGGGGCGGAUAUUCCCGUAGAAGAAAACAUCCAGAAAGGUUCUGUGAACAAAUUUACGUGGCUUUUCGAAAACCGUCCUCUUGAUUCCAUGUCAGCAAGUACAAAUGGUUUUCAAGAAGUGCCCCCUGAGAAGGAUGUCCAAGGGGGAGAUGUUGUAGGGAAAAGAUUUGUUUUCGAGACAUACUCUUUGGACCAAAUCAAACAAGAAGCCGACGAAACUGAGAUCAAAAAAGUCCAAGAAUCCGUUACCCGAGGGGAUGUUAAAUCCUGUAUGAUGUUGUUUGAAACAAACCCUCUGUAUGCUAUUCAAGACAAAGGAGGAGAAUAUCAUGAAGUCACAUCAGUAAAAAAGGAAGAGGUCCUCAAAGGAGACGUAAGAGGCGCCAAAUGGUUGUUUGAAACCAAACCUCUCGACAAGAUCAAUAAAGAUGAAGAGGUUUUUGUAAUCAGAGCUGUGACGCAAGAAGAUAUCGACAAAGGCUCUGUCACAGCUGCUAGGUGGAGGUUUGAAACAGAACCACUUGAUUCCGUGACUGAGAAAAACAAAUAUACUGGAAAAGAACUUGAAGAUGUACAAAAAGGAGAUGUUCAGUUAAAUAAGCAGCUAUUCGAGUCUCAGCAGCUAAACCAGAAGAAGUACGUUAGGCUUGUGAGCGUUAGUGAUGUCCAAAAGGGAAACGUCAGGACGUCAACUUGGCUGUUUGAAAACCAACCCAUUGAUUCUUUAAAAGGAGAUUCUGAUGAGCAUCCAGGGAUUGUAACAGUACAGCGUGAGGAUAACCAGCGGGGAGAUGUAAAGAGGUGCACCUGGUUAUUUGAGUCUCAGCCUUUAGACAGUCUCAAAGAUACAGACAUUCCUACUGCCCAAGGCCAGGAAGAGAUUCCUCAAGCUAAUGUUAAAAGCACAACAUGGCUGUUCGAAAGCACACCUCUGGAUAAAUUCGAGCGAGCAACCAGUUUUGAACAGACAGAAGUUAAUGUGAAAGAUACUCUAGAAAAAUGCCUGUCCUACAAAAUAAUUGAACAUAAAGGGAUUGCUAUAGAAUCCGUAGAUGAGAGGAGUGUGAAAAUGGUCAAGUAUCAACCCACACAUGCAGGUACAUUAAUCCAAAAGGAGGAGACACUGGGAGGCAACUUGCAAAGAAUACUGUUGCAGCUGCUUCACCGAGCUGAUCUAGAACAACAUGGCAUGCUUGUUGAAGAAAAUAAUAUGGGAGAACUUCAUAGAACCAAUUUGCAACUAAUACAGCGAGAAGGACAAGAGGAAGACAGACAAGUACAGGACAAUGUAUCUAAGGCCCUUCAGAUCUUGUUGAAUGAAGAUGUUCUUGUUAAGACUGGGAUCAUAAUGGAAGAAACUGAAAAGGGCUCCGUGAGAAUUAUUAUCUACUCUGUUUCAAAAUACAUUCAGAGGGAUACAAGUGGCGAAAGUAUUGUCAAGGGGGAUGUAAAAUCAACGAUCGGAAAUCUACUUCAUAACCAGGAAAGAGAGCGUAAAGUUUCAGUGACACGUGAGCAACAUGAGAGGGGCAAUGUCCAACUGUACACUAGCUGUAUCGAGAAGGGAGAUCUUGGUUACUUAAGAAGCCUUCAGGAUGAAUCAGAAAUAGAAGCUCUUAUGCUUUCUCAAAGUGAGGAUGCCAAAGCUUCAACUGAACAAGCAAAGAAGUUCAGUGAGAAAGAUGGAUCUGUACAGGUAGCAGAAGGCCAAAGAUCUACUAUUAAAGGGAAAGAAAGUAUGUGCACAACAUCUAAUCCUGCCAUUCACUGUAUGGAUCCCGGAGCUAAAGGGAUGAAAUGUUGUGUGGCUGCUGAUGGUACACCAUUGAAGCCUACUGAAAUGGCUAGAAAUCAAUGCAUCCUUGAAACAAAUGUUACAAAGAAUGAGGAAAAGGAAGAUAACUGUGCCAGGCAGACAACAUCUACACUUCCACCUGAGGGUGCAAGCAGCAGGGAUCUUCACGCUGCUCUCUUGGACCUUAGACAAGCUACAGCUGAAGCUAAAACUAUCCAAAAGCAAGUGGAAUGCAAGUUUCAGAAAAGCACACAGGAAGUUCAGUCUUGCAGUGAACAAAUCAAAGGGAAGGUGGUGGUUCAGUCCAUGCUGCCAUGUCAGACAGUUGCAACCACAAUGCACUCAUCUCGCAGCAGCACUUCAGUUCAUGAAGCACGGAGGUCUGAAGCAAGCUUUCAAGCAACAACCGCAUCAACCAAAAAGGUCAGUGUUCAGGAGAAGGAAGAGCAGGUUCUACCAUUAUUGGAAACUGGACAGGAAAGGAAAGUGAUCGUUAGCACAGAAAGUAGCAUUAUGGAUGGUGUUGACUCUCCCAAGAAAGCAAAAAGCUAUUUAAACCCUUUUCUCCAUUCUGAUUAUAUGACAGAACCGGUCCAAGCAGACCGAGAGCAGGAUAUUGUCAGGGGAGAUGUAAAGGCAACUAUCAAAGCAUUGCAGAGUGCAUCAUCAGAACAGAGAGACGUAGAAAAGGAAGAAGUCGUAAGGGGUAAUCUAGCAACUGCCCUACAGUCUUUGGAAAGAUCUAAUGUUAAUGUUUCAAAAGGUGACUUUAAAACAGCUAUGAUAUACAGAAAUGCAGGGUUAUCUCAUACAGUGUCUAAAGUCAACACCGAGGAUCAGCAGAUUAGGUGUCAGGCUUCUGUGAAACUGGUGCCACCGUCUGAUAAUGACUUUCCUCCUCCUCCAGCUGCUGUGAUUGAACAAGAACAUUGCCUGCCCAGUAAGAUAGAAGCCAAAAGAGAUGACACUAUGGAGGUGCAAGAGCCUGCUCCUAUAUUCAUGGAUUCUGCUGCUAACAAGGCAAGUGAUACAAUUCUGGAUGAGAAUGCAAACACUUUAGCAACACCUCAACCAUUAAUGACCCAGAGGAAAAAGCCAGUCCCACCACCCAAACCAAAGCAUCUUCUCCCAGGUGCCUGCCCUCCUCCACAUCUUAGGGCUAAGUGCCAGACGAAGUCAACUUCAUCCCAAAAUUCUAGAAGCACAAAUGACUGUUCCUCUAAAAUCACCAUAAGCAAAAUGACUAAUGAACAGUGGCAACAACAAUUCCCAAGUGAGAGCGCCUAUGCCUCUGCAAACAGGAAAGAACAAGAGAGUGAAAUGUUUGCUUGUACAGCCAAUGAGCAACUCAAACCAGAAUUGUGCUUGAACAACAACUGUGAAAGUUCAGAGAUAUCAACAAGUAAAAAUGAUCACGGUCAAGCUAAUGACUUCCAUACUCAAAUACAACCACUAGAGAAUUUAGUAACUGAUACAAUGAGUCAAGGGGUCAAAACUGAGACAAUGUACUGCCAAAACAGUGAGACACACAAUGUUACCCGGAGUAAAAAAGGUGUUACUCUCAUAGAACCUACUCCAAGUCUACACCACAGUGAAAACCAAGAAGUUGUCAUGAGAGUAAAACGUAAAACGGAAACAGAGGAUGAGAAACGCAAAAGGUUAUCCAUCCACAUGGAUGAGAUACUUCGGGGCAAUGUUAGGGCAUCCAUGGACAUUCUGGAAAACAUGAGGAAACAGGAUGAGCUAGAGAGGAUAUUGAACAAAGUCAAGGAACUGGAAGACGAAACCAGCACAGUUGACGCAAGGUCUGUCCAAGGCCUGUUUGAGAGUGUUCCAGACUGGGUCGUGGACAGUGAAGAUGAGCCAAAUUCUACACUGAAGGGGAAAGACGAUGAGAAAGAUGUCAUUUUAGAGUUAUUGAGAGAUGAUACAGAAAGUGUAUCCUCUGUGGAGCUUGCAUUUGAGGAUCUGGAAAAGGCCAGUACCGAAAUUAAAUAUCUGAAAGAGCAGACCUUGGCAAGACUUUUAGACAUUGAAGAGACAAUCAAAAAGGCACUUUACUCUGUUUCGAGUUUAAAGUCUGAAUCUGAUAUCGCUGGACUCACUGGACUGUUCCGUGAAUCGCUGGGUUCCCCAAGCCCGGCCCCAUGUAAUAAUAUCCGGAAAAUCAGCAUUGUUUCAAGUAAAGCAAAGCCAGAGAAGCCAGUGCAUCUCUCAGUACAGAAACCCACAGAGGCCUUCACUAGUCAAGAUGUUACCGAGACAAAAAAGACAGAGCUUAAUACCAGCAAUGUUCCUAGUCGUGCCAUCUCUCCCGCUUCCCCUUCAUUUAUCACUAUCGAGUCUGCUGCCAGGAAGCCACAACAAAACACCAGUUGUGCUUCUUCACCUCCAAAGCCAAAGGCUUUAAACAAUGGACAAACCCCUGAAGAUUCGCUUAGCAAAAGGCCUUAUAGCCCCCAAGAGGCUACCAGCCAGAACAGUCCACUUAACCCACAGCGACAAAAGAGCAUCCUAGAGUUAAAAACAGGGCCAGAGGGUCCAAAACUCAUUGGCACCACCGUAGUGACAGAAAAGUACGAAGAAUGCGAUCAGUUUGGCAACAAGUUAGUACGGUCAAAGACAUCCACAACGGUCACAAAGCAAUCGGACACUCAGAGUUCAUCAACGUAUGAGGUGGUGACCGCUCUACCUCGCUAUGAAGUCACUGCAUCCCCCCGGCUUAAACGACACGUUGAAAACUCCCACGUCAGAGGCAAUGAAACGGGGGUCGUAUUUGUGACAUUUGGCAAUUCAAAGCCAGCAAAGAAAUAAUUUAGCCGUAAGCCAAAGUUCUAUCAGGACUGUCUACCAGCCAGGGACCUGGGUAACAAAUGAAUGAUUCCUUUUGGAAAGAUCUUCCAUUAACAACUGGAAAACAAGGGAGACAAAAUCAUGUUAAACCAAAAUAAGCAUUGGCCUUGCUGCAGCCUGGGUUAUUCCAUUUAUACUAUACUUGAUUUGGAACACAGAUCCAGGGCUUCAUGGCUGUUACCGGAAUAUAAAUGCCAGAACGCCCCGGCUAUACCUAUUUUAAAAAGGUCAUUUGAGGUUAACCUAGCCAAGAUCCUUCUCAUUUCUGUCAUUUCUGCCCUAGCAUUUUGCCCGUAUGCUCGUACCAAGGGGGAAAUCUUAACGUUGUGACACUUUAAAACUACAAUCUGUUUAUAGAACCUUUAUUAAGGGAAAAUGCAAUAGUUUCCAAACUAGACCAGUGAAGAUGUAAUAAAGCAGUUGUGAGUUUCUUAUAUUUGUAUCUCAAGCUUCAGCUGCUUAUAAAUGGCAGAUGGAUUUCAUUGGCUCUGUUGGCAGCCAUAUUUGUUAUCUGUUCAAUAGGGAAUAGCCCCUUAUAUAAAGAUGCACCCAAACUGUAGUUUUUAGAUAUAAAUGAUCUUAUGGUGCUUCCUCGACCUAACAGUUUUCCUACUGCACCCAGCUCACCCAUGCCCAUUGCAAAUUGAUGAUUCCGAAUCAGCCAAUUAGAGCAGGUGAAAUCUACCAAUGACUCACAGCAUGUGUGUGGCUUGCAGUUUGAGAAAACAAGCUUGGUUGAGGUUAAGCAUUAAGAACAGACUUACCAAACAUCCAUUAUAGUUUAUUAAUAUUUCCCUGCUAAGAAGAUGCAGUGCCAUCAGCACCAUCUUCAUUAUGUUAUUUGGUCUUUGACAGAUAUCUGACCUUUUUCACUCAAAACCUUAUUGCCCAUAUAUAUGCCCUUAUAGCCUUGGGGGGGCAAUUGCCACUUGUUUGAUCCCUACGAUCAUAUGUAACUAUAAGCAAGGGGCUGAGCCAACCUCUGACCAAUUGGCCACUUUAGGGAUUAUACAGUAUUUGUUCCUUCCUAGAUUUUUUCCUACAGUUCUAAAUAGGGAGGGCUAAUGGGCUGCACCAUUGUGUUAGUCCCAUGCAUUAGGGCAGAGAUACAGCCUUACACGUCAUUUCUCUCUCAUUAGAAAAGUGCUAAUAUUCCAGAAUUUAUUUAUGAAUUCACAUAUCUUGUUUGUAGAGCUUUUUGCAUUUGAUACCGUACAUUUAUAGAUUUCUUUUUUCUUAUCUUUGUAUAGAAAUAUCUUUUAUCAAAAAACUGUUUUUUAUCUACUAAAUGUCUGCAGUCAUCUCUUACUUUGUACUGUUGUGUAUUAAAUAUAUACAUUUCCAUUAAA